AUGUCUUCCUACAUUUUUUAUCAAGUCUAUGACGAGCAGGGAAAGCUUCAUGCUCCCGCCUAUGGCUCUUGCGACCCCGCAAGGUACCCAUUCGUUGGGGCGUUCAUGCAGAAAGAUGUGGGCCAGGCCCCCCAAGCUGUGCAUGUCUGUCGUCUGCUCUCUAUGAUGGAAAACGCCUCAGACAGUCGCUGCACCGAAUUGUUUGCGACGUUCGACACAUUCGCUAAGAACCUAGGAUUCAGUGAAAAGGACACCGUGAACCUCGCGGAGAACGGAUACGGACGCGAUCCAGACCACCCUCUCAUCUUCAAGAUGCUUAGCUGGGAUCGUAAAUGA